AGAAUUUGAACACGCCUAAACUCUCUGGCGUAGAAGAGUCAGCUUUACAUUUCAAUAAGUUCAUCAUUUCAUUUUCUCUUCAAAAUGGCAACAAAGGAGAAGGAUUUGGUCCAUCAGAAUGCAAUUCACGUUGAGAUGAUCCGUAAAGAGCAAAGACAGCAAAGACUUCACACGGAGUUUAGCAUCAACCCACACAGGAGAUUGCACAUCAUACCAGACAAACCCAUGUCCAGGAAACCAAAAGAAGUGAUUUCAGAGAACUCGGACUUCAUUGAGGCCUUCCACAAAGCCCGCCAAGAGCCCACUAAGAAAUAUUCAAUGCCACUGACUGAGAGUCAGGAGAUUGGAUGGGUGUCCAAACCCCUGAUUCCAACCAAUCGCAAUGACGACAGAUUGAAUUUCUACCGCCGCAGCUCAGACAUCAGCAAGCACCAAGAGUCUAUCCUGCGCUCUUCAAAAUAACCCUUAGACAAGCGUCCGGAGAUGGAAAUACAUUUUGUUG